AUGGCACCCGCGCCAACCUUCCAAAAGAAACCAUCCAUUCGACAUGAAGAAGCCGGCAAGAAACUUGUGUUCGAGUGUCUAGUUGAGGCAGAGCCGCAGCCAGCUGUAAAAUGGUUUCACAAUGGUCAACCAUUGCAGCUGGAGCAGCCAAGAUUUAAGUUCACUUUGAACAAGGAGGCCAUAAAGGAAUAUAGAAUAACAUUAGAGAUCACAAAUAUCACUAUCGAACUAGCCGGCACUUAUACAAUUAAUUGUAAAAAUUCAUUGGGCGAAUCAAGUGCAAAAAUUUCAUUAAAUUUUGAUAGUGAGGAACAACAAUCAACACAAAAAGCCGCUUUAGACGGCAAUAAGCCUUCAUUUUUAGAGAGGCCAAUUAUAAAACAAUCAACCGAUUUGAAGCAUGUUCAAUUCGAUUGCCGAUUGGUGGCCGAUCCUAAGCCAACCAUCCAGUGGCUGCACAAAGGUGAACCUAUAGCGCAAUCAAGUAAAAUAGAAACUCUGUUAAUACCUGUACCAUCAACAUCUACAUCUACAACAUCAUCAUCAUCAUCAUCCGCAUCCGCAUCCGCAUCAUCUGUACAACAACAACAACAACAACACACAUCAUCAGCAUCUAACAAACAACCACAAACUUAUCUAGCAACGCUCAUUUUAAAGGGCGUUGAUCCAGAUCAAACGGGCGAUUACAAGUGUAUAGCGACCAAUAAACAUGGCUCAGGUACUGCUUCGAUAAAUUUGAAUUUUGUUCAAAGCAAACCGAAGAUACCAGACGGUAGGGCGCCCAAAUUUCCAAGAAAACCAGUUAUAAAACAAUCGGGCCAGAUUCUAACAAUUGAGUGCGUUGUUGAGGCAAACCCUAAGCCAAGCAUCACUUGGUACCAUGAUCAAACGACGAUAAUCAAAGCAGAUUCAAAGCAUUCUCAUUGUACGUGGCAGGUGACAGGUCCAAUAACUAACGAAUCGGAGCUCAGAGCAUUGGGAGUGCUGGAGGGCGAUGAAGCCUUUCCGCCAACAAGCGUGAGGUCAUCGUUUUCAAGUAGAUCGUCUUCAAUUAGUUCAACAACAACAACAAAAGCUAAACGCGACAUUUAUAUUGUUUCCUUCAAUAUUAGACAACCAAAAGCUAGCGACGGCGGCCUAUACAGGUGUAAUGCGAUUAAUGAGCUGGGCGAAUCGAGCGCAAACAUAGCGUUGAAUUUUCAAAAGCAAGAGAAACUGGAGGAGCUAGUGAGCAAGACAGCGAUGGAGAAAUCGAGCUUAGAAGAAUCCGAAGAGGUUAGAAAGAAACGAAGCGAGGAGAGUGAUAAGCUAGAGAAGCUGCAAGGAGAGGCGGCGGCCAAAACAAGCCGCAGGGAGUCGGAUAGCAUGUCGACGAAAUCGGCCGGCUUAGAAAGCAGGAGACAAUCGAGACAGCUCGCUGAGGAAUCGCUGCGAGUUGACAGUAGCGAGCUGAGCACCAUUCAGGAGGCUCGCAGGAGCUCCUCCUCGAUGAAGCAGCAGCAGCAGCUGCGCCAAUCAAGCGGCGCCGCGGAUCAGGUAGAGGCGGCCGCUGGAAGCCGACGGAGCUCGGCCGACGGAGGAUCGAGCGCCGCUGGAUCGCGUAGAACCUCCUCCUCCACCUUGGCUACCGGCUUGCCAGCCGACGAAAGCCUCCCAAUGGAGGUGGACGGCGCCCCAACAAGCGCGCCCCGCCGGCUGACGGCCACUAAUCGGCUUAAACGCGACAGCCUCGCCUCAACAACAAGCUCAACGGCUGCCGGCGACCUGCACGACGCUAGCUCAAGCGCGCUUGAUCAGGCGGCCGCCCUCGAACAGCUGCCGCCAGCUAAGCGAACCUCGUCGACAGGCAGCACUAAACGGACCAUAUCUGUCAAGAAAAAGCGGCCCUCCUUGCUCGGGCUCGAGGGAGCGUCGGAGGGCGGCGCCGAGGGCGGCGCGGACGGUGCGCAAGCAGGCGAGGCGCCGCCAACUAAGAAGCUGGUGAAGAAGCGAGUCAGCGUCAAGAGAUCCACCGAGGGCAGCGCAUUGAAGCUCAUCACCGAGGAGCAACAGUUGCAGCAGCAGCAGCAGCAGGAUUCGCAAUCUAAAGUAACCAACGACGACCAGCGCCGUGAUUCAGCAACAAGUGUCACAAGCAGCGUUAGCCAACAGAGAGCCAGCAAAUCAACACCGGGCCUAGCUAGAGAUCGCAUACCCUCCGUUUCGGUGGAGGCGCCGGCGGUUGUCGAGCCCCCAAAUCAAGAGCAACGAGUGGCUAGCGGCCGGCGCACUAGCGCAACAGGUUCCAGAGCGGGCUCAAUAUCUAGCGAAACCGGAGCAGCCGGAAGUGGCAACAAGACUGCCAGCAAGAGUCCAACAUUCAGUGUGAGCGACAGCUCGCAGCCGGCAGAUGAAAGCAGGCCUUCCGGCGGACAGCCAGCCCGACUGGAUAGCCAGAAGCGGCGCGGCCUCUAUGACGGCCUGAGGCCAACCGAAACAAGCCUGAUUGAAGCCGAAGAGGAGGACCGAGAGGAGGAGGAGGCGAAGCAGAGGUAUUUGGCCGCGCGCGGCGGCAACGGCUUCCGGGAAUCGCUGUCGCCGACAAGUGGCCAGUCGAACAAUCUAUUGAAUCCCAGGAUGCAACGCGAAGGCUCGUCUGGCAGCCGUGAAGGCUCCGUGAGCCCCCGUUCGGGUUCGGCCGAGCCGGCAGCCGGCGCGGAAGCGUCUUAUUGGUGCCCGAGGGCCAAGACUCGCGCCGUCCAUCGAUCAUUGUGCCCGGCGACAAUAAGCUUAGGCCGGGCGAGAUAG